AGUAGAACUACUGAGGGUACCAGGUAAUAAGUACAGUAUUACUAUUACUUUUAAAGGAGUAAAAAGUUGCUAUUAUUAUAAGUAUUGUCCCAAUCACGUGUCGUCGUGGUCUUUAGACUGGUGGGCACCCAGCAGUGGACCAUCAUGGACACUCACAGCAACAAGACCAGCUACAAGCUGAUGGUGCUGAAGCCGGACACCACCUACCACGUCAAGGUGCUCACUCAGUGUCUCAGCAAGCUGCACAAGACCAACGAGGUGAUCACAGUGAGGACGCCGGAGGGACUGCCGGACCCCCCCAGGAACCUGCAGCUGUCCUGUGAUAACGGUGAGGACGGGACGGUGGAGGCUUCCUGGAGCCCUCCAGACAAAGGACAUGGCCUCAUCAGAGAGUACAUCGUUGAGUACAGUGAGCGGUCAGGUCUGGACUGGAUGUCUCAGAGAUGCACCACAACCAGCAGCGCGGUGAAGGAGCUGCAGCCGGACGCUCUGUACAGGUUCAGGGUGGCGGCAGUGACCAGUCGAGGUGUGGGCAACUGGUCCGAGGUUAAAUCCAUCACCCCGAAGAAAGGUACAGAGAGAGAGAGAGAGAGUCACACAGCUUCUCAGCACUGACCCCUGCUGGUGUAAACGGGCGUUUCAGGUGUUGUAGCUGUGCUGUUUGUAGCUGAUGUGAAGGCUGCAGACGUGUCCACCUCCUGUCUCUGUCUCUGCUGUCCCUGGUGGACUUCAUCCCCAUCCUGAUCUCCUCACUCAGACUCUGAGGAGUGUUUCUUUAAAGUCCACGAGGGUUUAGUUCUGUCUCCCUUACAAAUCCUCCAGUGGUUGAAUCUCUCCCUCAGACAUUUUGAGCCCUUUAUGAACUCUUUCCAUAAAAGUCCGCAUUUCUGCAGACUUUUUCACAAAGGAAUUACCCACAAUUCAUAGCGAUGUCACAAUAGACACGUGAAAGCCAGAGACUUAAUAAGGACGGCACACGGGUGUUCAGUCUGGAAUAUUACAUUUACUCAGAAACAUUAAGGAUUAAGAACAUUAAAGCACAUUAUUUAUUCAUCA